AAAAACAAGGAAAAACUCAUAAAUUAUGUAAAAUAUUUUAAAAAUGGUGGCGGUGAAGGUAACAUCGACGAACUCUUUGUUUUCUUCGGCGUCACCGUGUGUUGUAUUUUUCGUUGUUAUAGCUUUUGUUUUAAGCUCGGCAGUUUUAUGUGAUGGAGGAAAAACCGGCGUCUAUGCUCGGAAACCGGAGAAAACCGGUGACAUGCCCCUUCACAGUGAUGUCUUUCGUGCUCCUUCCGGUUACAAUGCGCCCCAACAGGUACAUAUAACACAAGGUGACCAUGUGGGAAAAGCAGUGAUAGUUUCAUGGGUGACCCAAGAUGAACCCGGUUCAAAUACAGUGGUUUAUUGGAGUGAGAACAGCAAUGAAAAGAGAAAAGCCGAAGGGAAAGUCAAAACUUAUAAAUUUCAUAAUUACACCUCUGGUUAUAUUCAUCACUGCAUCAUUAGAAAUUUGGAGUACAAUACCAAGUAUUACUAUAUGGUCGGCGACGGUGAUUCGAUUCGGAAAUUCUGGUUUACGACGCCUCCUCGAGCCGGUCCUGAUGCCCCAUACACAUUCGGUAUCAUCGGGGAUCUCGGGCAGACUUUUGAUUCGAAUAGCACGGUAGCUCAUUACGAACAAAACCCGAAGAAAGGCCAAACCGUAUUGUACGUGGGCGAUCUUUCGUAUGCAGAUAACUAUCCGAAUCAUGAUAAUGUAAGAUGGGAUACAUGGGGAAGGUUUAUCGAGAGAAGUGUUGCGUAUCAACCGUGGAUAUGGACUGUUGGAAAUCACGAACUCGACUUUGCCCCCGAAAUCGGUGAAACGACGCCUUUUAAGCCAUAUAGUAAUCGUUAUCCGGUUCCAUACGUAGAAUCGAAAAGUACUUCUCCUUUUUGGUACUCGAUCAAGAGAGCUUCGGCAUACAUCAUAGUGUUGUCUUCGUAUUCGGCCUACGGUAAAUUCACUCCUCAGUACCAAUGGCUUCAACAGGAAUUUCCGAAAGUUAACCGGACCGAAACGCCAUGGUUAAUCGUUCUUAUGCAUGCUCCAUGGUAUAAUAGCUUCAACUAUCCUUUCAUGGAAGGCGAAACCAUGAGAGUAAUAUACGAACCAUGGUUUGUGAAGUACAAAGUUGAUGUCGUAUAUUCCGGUCACGUCCAUGCCUACGAACGAUCUGAACGUGUAUCGAACGUUGCGUAUAACGUUGUAAACGGUAUUUGCACUCCCGUGAAGGAUCAAUCCGCGCCUGUGUACAUAACUAUCGGCGAUGGAGGCAACAUGGAUGGCUUAGUAUCCAACAUGAGCGAGCCGCAGCCAACGUACUCGGCGUAUCGAGAAUCCAGUUACGGUCAUGCCAUUUUCGAUAUCAAAAACCGAACUCACGCUCAUUAUAGUUGGCACCGUAACAAUGAUGGAAACCCCGUCGAAGCAGAUUCGAUGUGGUUUUUCAACAGAAUCUGGCAUCGAGUUGAUGAAUCUUCUGUUUCUCAAUAAGCAUAAUAUAAUGUUUUCCAUUUUUUAUAAAAAAACCCGAAAUUUUCGCUCUUUCUAUUCGGCUUUUCUGGGCCUGUUUUCGUAAUUUCCAUUUCAGUUUAGUUUAUGUGUAUUCUUGUUGGUGUAUACAGGAUUGAGUAGCUGUGUAGAUAUUCUUCCAUGACCGACUGUAUAGCUAUGAAGAAAGUUGAUAUGGUUGUUAAUGGUAGAAAAAUAGAAAUGUGUUAAAGCUUUUCAAUGUUUUUUUAAUAAAAUUUGAGAACUUAUAA